AAGUAGAGCGAUAUAAAGUUUAAAGUAAAGCGAUAUAAAAUUUAAAGUAAAGUGAUAAAUAGUUUAAAAAGUAAUAUAAAGUUAACUAUUAAUUUACUACUACUGUUUUAAAAGUAUAUUUGUAAAUGGAGCUAAGUAUUAAUGUUGUAAACAUUUCAACAGCUUCAAGAAAGAUUUGUGUUGAAUGGCUUGUAAACCACGGACUUGGUGUCACAGGCUCUGUUAAAGAAUUGCAAGCAAAAAUUUUGAAGUUCUUACCAUAUCCAAAAUUAGUUGAAAAACUUUAUCGAAAAGCAAAAAAAAAAUUCUUGUUCUCAACAAGUUUGCAUGUAGACGAGAUACCACACAUAUCUCAAAAUUGGACUGACAAUGAAAACCUCUACCCUUAUGUAAACUCUAAGCUUUUUAAAGAAUACAUUCUCAAUAAAAGAGAGGGUACAUUUGGACAACAGCAAAAAGCAUACCAGAUGUUAACAAGCAGAAAAAUUAUAUCUGUUAAAACGCAUUCAGAUAGCAAUAGGGUAUAUGUAAGAGCUUUUAUAAGAAAAUCUUAUGGCUACGAUGCACGUCCUGCUAUUUUACUUUUUGUAGGAGGAACACCCCUAAAGGGUUAUUGCGAAUGUCCUGUUGGUCUUAGUGGACUUUGCUGUCAUGUUUUAGCUAUCCUUCUUUACCUAAAGCAUUAUGUGGACACAAAGACAACUAUUUUAGAAUUAACGUGUACACAAGUCAUACAGAAAUGGCAUAAAAGAUCAAAAAAAGGCUCUAUUCCAAUGGUCCCACUAUGUCAUAUUAAAGUAAAAUCAGCAAGAAACAAGAACAAAAUUGAAAACUUAAAAAUUGCUCCAGCAGAUCCAGAAAGUUCAUCUUUUAAAAGAGAUGUUUUAAAAAUGAAGCAAAAAAUUAAAGAAGGGUUGAAUAAGCUACCCAUAUUUGAGAAACACGUAUAUGAUACUCUUUGUUCAGUAGAUCUAGGAUAUGAAUCAUCACUAAUGGGGCAUUUAAGAUUCAGAUAUGAUCGUGAAAGUUUUAACUCUCAAGUUGAUAAAUUAAGUUCUAUAAAUGUAAAAAGUCGUACUCUAAAUAAACAAAUAGUAAACCCACAAGAAUAUCAAGAAAAUUAUAAUGAAAUACCAACAAUAAUGCAAAUACUAAAUCAAAAUAUCAUAAACAUUGAGGUAGUUUCAAUUUCACCUGAACAAGAUAUUGUUUUAGAAAAAAUUAGUAUGCAAAUUUUAAAUGAGCAUCCUGUAAUUCAUAUUAACUUAAAAAAUAUGGUACCAACGCAAAGGCAAUACACAAAUCAUAUUAAUGUCAAACAAAAUACCCAAGAAUGGAUGGACACAAGAAAAGGAAAAGUAACGGGGAGUCGAUUACCAGCAUUGCUAGGGAUAUAUGGACAAGAAAAAUUUGCAAAUUAUUGGAAAAUAGUUAAGGAAGGAUUAAACGAAAAUGAUUUUUAUAACACACAAAACAUUAAAAAUUUUGAGCGUGGACAUAAAUAUGAGUUUAUGGCACUUCAACAGUUUGCAAAGAUGUCAAAAUGUUCUCCCGAAAUGUGUGGAUUUUUCUAUCACCCAGAUGAUUUAAAUUAUGGAGCAAGUCCAGAUAGCCUUGUUUCACAUCAAAUUAUUUUAGAAAUAAAAACACGAGCAAAAAAUAGAGACAGUCCAUUGAUCCAUUUAAAAAAUCAACCUCAAUAUUACGUACAGGCACAGCUUGAACUACUAUGUACAAAAUCUAAAUACUGCAUUUUACAAUCUUAUCAUCCAGAAACAGAGAACUCAAAUUACUUUAUUAUUCAAAUUAAUUAUCUACUGAUGUCAGUUAUAAAGGAAAUCUCAGAUAGCAUUUUGCAUUCAAACCCAAUAAAAAAAUGGCACCAUCAAGAACAUUCUUUGCUCACUACUCUUGGAAAUAAUAUUGUGGGAAAAAUUCCAGAUUUUAAAGAACUAAAACCACUUAGAUCGUAUAUUAAAGAACUUGUUGAAACAUCAAUUUCUCCAUUAAAAUUGGUUUAAAUAUUUAAAAAUAUUUUAUGAUAAAAAUAAAUAAGAUAAUAUUAUAUGCUUAUAUAUAUUCACAAAAUAUUAUUUAUUACAAAAUUCUUCCUUUGGCUCAAUAGGGCGCAUUGUAAGGUUUACAACAUGACAUAAUAUUUUCCAUGUUGAAGAAAAAAACAACUGUUGUUUAGUUGGUUUACGUAAAGGAGGUUUCGUAACAUAAACAGAUCGGUUUGUGGGUUUUUUACGAACAAGACAAGGUUUAGACAAGUCGCUUCUUGUGAUGGUCAUUUUGGUCAGAGCAUUUGUGUAUUUUCGUUCCAUUAUAGCAAUUUGGCUUGGUGAUGCAGCUAUGUCUGGAAUAUUAGUGCAUAACUCUCUAAUUUCAGAUGAAAAAUGUUCACAACAAAUAUUCCCAUUUUUGAAAUUCAUGUAAAAUUCGAAUAUAUUCUUUCUGUAAAGAAACAUCUUUAGGAAGCCUGUAAAACUUAAUACGUUCUCCGUUAGUAGUUUUGCUUCCAAAGUUAUUAAAACAUAAUGAUGCGCUACAAAACCAGUGAACCAUUGAUUUAAGCAAUACAAUAAAUUGAUUUGAUAUCUUAUUAUAAUAUUUAAUAUCUUAGUUUAUAGUAAAUAAUAGUUACAUUAUCGCUAACUUAUUUUUGUAACUUAAAUAAAAUGAACCUUUGUUUUGAUUUUGAUAAAUUUUUUGACUCGAUGAUAUUAAGCACUACUAUUUUUUUUAGUUGUUUAAUCGAGAAAAAACGCAUAAUCUAGAAACCAUAUCUGAUUGGCUAGAAUUUUGUCCCUACAGGCAAUAUUCGCUAAGUUAAACCGCGUCGUAUGAAAUUGGC